AUGAAUCGAAAGAGCAACAAAAAACACAAUGAUAUUCAAUUUCAAUUUCUUGAAUUGAAAGAAUCAUCAUUGACAACGUCAUCAGAUUUACUCGAAAGGAAUGGAGGCGAUGAACUAGACAGUACAAUGUUUUAUCUGGAUUCAAUCGAUAUGAAAAGAUAUAAAGGAGGUAGCAUCGGAGAUUUAACAUGUUUGGAUAGAUUUGUAAAAAACGUCAACCCUUACAAGAAAUUCUACCUGCGCCAACUGCCGAUUCUGAUAAGUAUGACUAACAAAGAGCCACGUUUUUUCUUAGAAGAAGUCAUUGAAAUGAUUGCAGUUCUAUUGAGAAAAUCAUCGAAUUCCGAAGGACUUGAAAUACUCGGAAAGUAUGAAGAUGAAGUGUUGGCUAGUUCCCCGAAUGAAACCCUCCCCAGAGUUGUGACUCUCACUGAAGUCAACAAACUUUUUGAAGAUUUUGAUAUCGAUAAGGGAUUGGUUACGAUAACACCCGACGUUGUAUAUUCUAAAAUCACUGACUGCCGCCAGGGAUACAUUGAACAACUACAGUUUUUUGAUUGCCUAGGAGGACGAUUCGUUUAUCCAACACAAGCAAUUUACAUUAUCUUCAACGAAUGCGUUCUUGGACUAAAUUGGACAACAAACACUUGUAAUAAGCACCUCAAUUGUAUGGAGAAAUGCAGAAAAAAAGUUAUGGAGUUUAUGAAUAAGUAUACAAGCUCUUCUGUAAGUAUGAACCUGAUUCCAUUGGAAACAGUUUUGAUGGAAAUUAAAGAAUUAAAGGAAGAAGAAUGUUAUUUUCAUCAACAAGUCGAUAUCAACGAUGUGUUAAAUCUUGGGGUCACCAACGGUUAUAAUCCAUUGGAUUUCUACAAAAGAAUCAUCAAUCUUUUCCAUCUUCCGAAGAACGGACCUUUAACAGAAUUGCAUUGUGCUCCGAUACAGGGAAUAACACUUUCAUUUAUGCUCGGAUGGAUAAUCCAGUUUAUUGGACCUAUUGACAAAGACAACGAACUUCUUGCAAAUCUAUUGGUUUCCAAUAUGGAAUUUGCGAUUGAAAAGGAUAUUGAGAAGACCGUUGUGUUUAUGAUAAACGAGGUGGUUGUUCGGGGAAAAGAAGGGACCAGAAGAAUAUUCAAGCCCUACGGAGCACAGGAAGAAACUCACGUUCAAUCGAAGUACGAAAAAAUGGCCGAGAAAGCAAGACUCCGAAAACUGGCUGUCCAGCAGAAGAAGAACAAAAAAGGAGGCAAACAGAACCCAGUGACAGAAAUUGAUGAAGUCCAUGGAGCUCAGGAUAGUCAGUGGAAGGAUUUAUCCGAUGAACCAAUUGAAUUUAAGGAAUUCAAGAGUACAGAAGAUAUUCGCCUUUCAACAGUUAUCGUCAAAGGACACAGAUAUGGUAGCAACUACUCAUUGCUGAAGAAUGGCCCAAGAAAAGAAAAUCCACAAAAAUUCUUUUUCAUAGAUAUCGAUGAAUGGCAAAAGUUGAUCGAUAUGGAGAGUAUGAUGGGUUUCGAAUGGGCAAAAGAUGAAGACUAUCUGGAAAACCUCGACAGUUUUGUGCAGAUGACUGGCAUUAAGACAUUCGUUAUUCGUCGUUUACAGGAGGAUUACAAGAGCGCAGAGGAUUCUGGACGAUUUUUCCAAUUCGAAGAAGCGGUGGAGAUCGCUAGCAUCUCUUUGAUAUUGAAAGGGGAUGAUCCAAAUAAGCAUGGAAUGCUCGAAUUUCUUAAAGCCGAUCUACAAGGCUUAAACAAACAUGUUCGUAGAUCACGCUCAAAGGAUGGGAUGGAAGCUUUGUUCCUAAUAAAUGGGAUUGAAAAGAGUAGCAUUACAUUGAUUCCUGAUUUCGUGGAGAAAUUGAGCCAAAUUCAUGCUAAAGAAAACAUCUAUACCCCAAUUACAACUAUCGGUAGAAAAGGAGAAGAUUUGAUGAACAUGGGUGAAUCAGCUCUAUACAUUUUCAAAAAUUUGAUAUGUGGUGUUGAUUGGUUAGCGGCGGUUAUGACAAACGGCAUCGACGCUUAUGAAGACUUCCAACAAACAUUCGAGAACACUUUGAAGCCUUUAUUCUGUGAAUGGGAGACGUCCUACGUUGCCAGAGACUGGCAUGAUGAGGUCAUCACCAAGCUAAAGAGCCACAAAAUAUUCGAAAACCAACCUCGAGCCGAUCUCAACUUUUUCGAAGGCUUUUCCAAGGGUUCUCUGGUUCCAAUGUCUUAUUUCAGUGAUCAAUGUGAAGCCAACGGUUUGCCGCCGAUGCCGCGGAUGCUUUUGUCAGACGAGAUGUUAGUCGACGAAGCAAAAGUGCUUAUGAUGAUUGUAUGGGCGUGUCAGUUUUAUCCUGAUCGACAAAGAUCAAGAGAACAGGGAGACAGAGCAAUGCAACGAGGAGUUAUCAUGAAUGCAAUGUCCGCAAGAUUGCCACAGGAAGCGAAACUACAUAAUCAUUUGGUAAGGUUUGAGAAGACUCUUUUUCUCUUUCCUAAAACUCUUGAAUCGUCAGCCGCUGGCGAAAAUCUGAUAACACACUGGUCGGAACCAGGACGGAUGCAAAGUCAACGAACAGCGGACGAGAACAUCGAAAUGUUGAAAGAAAUGUUCCUCAACGCACCGAGGCUUUUCCAUUCGACAAUGUCUGCAGAAGAAUCUGCGAAAACUUCCGAUUCUUUAUUUGAGAAUCUUAAGAGUAGUGGUGGAAGAGCUUUGAAGGCAUUUGAAUCUCAAAAAGGGUCAUUGGAGAAGAGGAACAAUGCACAAGAACCGAACAAGGGGGUCAAGGACAAUUCAAAAAAACAAUUUUCCAAGAUGUCAAAAGACGUUCCUGAAAACUCAACAAGUGAAGGUCCAGGUUCAACUACGCCUCGGCAAAGAAAGUCAAAGACGACCACAAUAUCUAAACAAUCUUCACGAUCCUCAUCGACGUCCACGUCGGAAGCAUGUUCUUCUCAAACACUUGUUCCAGAAGGCCUUGAGAAAAACCACGGAUUAUUGGACGAGAAGACUAUGGAUAGGAAUAAGAAACAGAGAAAGGAGAAAAAGAAUGCAAGAGGUGAUGAGGCUCCUGACGCUUCAGCAGAGUCUAGAGCAGAAUCUAAGGAUGCACCUGCUCAACUUUCGGAUCCUUCUCAAUCUGUACUUGAAAAUGCUAAGAGUAGUUCUGGAAAGAUUCCGAAGCAAUCGAAACACCGCGAAGGAUCAUUGGAUAAGACAGAAAAGGCAAAAGGACCGGAUAAAGAAGUUGAAGCUAACUCCAAAAAAACAUUUUCCAAGCAAUCGAAAGGCAUUCCUGAAUCCUCAAAAAAUGAAGCUCCAGGUUCAAGUACGUCUCUUCAAGAGAAAUCGAAGACAUCAGCAAUAUCUAAAGAAUCUUCACGAUCUCCAUCGACGUCCAUUUCGGAACCAUGUUCCUCUCAAAGCACCUUUCCAGAAGGUGAAAUUCUGAAGAAAAUUCGCGGCGGUUUUGAUGGGGAGACUAUGAUGAAGAAGAAAUUUCCUAUUCUAGACAAUAGUGAAUACAGAGUCGUCGGCAAUAAUUUCAUGGAAAAGAUAGAGCAUCAAAUAAAAGGGCUAAUGGACCAAGUAAAACAGCUAUCUGAAGAAAAUGAGACACUGAAAAGUUCGAUAGAAGAAAGGAAGGAAGAAGACAGUAAUGAAUUGAAAAAGGCGAGGAAGGAAUUGGAAAAGGAGAAAGAGAAGUGGGUUUGCAAGAUUAAAAAGGAUUUGAUUGAGGCUGGAGAGCAACGAGAUGUAGCUAAUGAGAAGUUGAGGAAAGCUGAUGAAGAGUUGAGAGAUCAAACUGCAAACUGGACCCCUAGACCAGUUAAUUUCAGGUCCCGAAACUUGGAACAGCAGUUGAAAGAAGCAAACAAGGCUUUGACGACAAUGAAUAAGGAGAAGGAUAGGGCUGUAGAGAGAGUAGUAAGGGAAUGGACAGAACGAUGGAAUGUAGAGCGUCAUCAAGUUCAAUUGUCGCUUGAAAAGUAUAACUUCGAUUCCAGGACAGCUGAAGCUGAAAGCAAAGUACGCCAACUGAUGAAGGAGAAAGUGAAGCUUCUCGAAAAGAAUCCUCAAGAUGGAUCAAACCUUCCAGCUCAUGUGGCAACGUAUAAGGAAGAUAUUAAGAAGCUGAGACAGUUAUUGAAAAAAAAGGAAGACCUCAUUCCACACCUUCAAAAAAGGAUUCAAGAGCUCUCCAACCAACCAGGCCCGUCUUCCCAAAUCUCCGAGGAUUCCAAUGGCUACCUAGAGAGAUUGCAAAACAUGCUGGAAAUUAUAAAUAGGGACGAUUCAAUUGAAGAGAAAAGAGUGAGAAUCUCGCGGCUCCUCACCAACACGGAUUCUGCAGAAACCAGAAGUCUCUGCGUUCUGGAAGAAGAUCUGUUCGAUUCUUCGGUGACCAUGUAUCGAGACACAUUGAACUAUAAUAUCUACAAGGUUCAGCAAACACAAAGGGCAGAAGACUGUCAACCGAUUCCUUGCUAUCCGGAUCUUUCUCAGAGAUUCUUGGAUGCUGAAAAUAAGGAAAGAACGAAGGCGAUGUUCGGAGAAGGAGACUGUGCAAUUUGUUAUGAAAAGAUCGAUGAUCAUGAAGAGAAAAGGACCUGUCCUAAUGAAAUAUGCAGCCUCAACUAUCAUGAAAAUUGUAUUUUGAAGUCUAUUGAAACUAGGUCUCUGUGUCCGUACUGUAAGACUCCUUAUUUUAAUGCUGAAGAUUUCCCUGUUUUGUCUUGA